UGGGUAAUCGAGGAAACUGAAAAGCUUCUUCUCUAUGCUUCCUCUCCUUAGCUCACCGUAGCUAGCCGGCUAAUCUCCUGAACACCUCCUCAGCUGUGUUUGCAUUAGUUCACGUUCCAAUGUUAAUGUGUGUUUCUCCUUUGCAACACAUUGACUUUCUAAACCUCCACCAGUGACACGAGAGAGGCAGACACACACACGGACGAGUUUAAAUCCACUGGAUGUUUGAGCUCCAUCAGCUUUCUCCCGGGAUGCUAACACAGACCAACCCGCUAAAGUAGCAGCCCUGUCCGGAUGCUGUAAACAGCAACGCAGCGGGUUUCGGGGAGUUUCUUGUCGGCCGCGCAUCAUGUCAGGGAACCGGCCUCAGCAGAGCCCUGGAGGGGCGAGCUCGGUGCCCAGCACCAGCAGUGGUGGGAGCUCUGGAGGCACUGGGAGUUCCAACGGUGGUGGUGGUGGUGGUGGUGGAAACAACGCCGUGUCAAGUAAUGGUAACAGUGCUGGGAAUGUUGUUCCAUCAAGGAGCCUGGCAGCAGCUGCAGAGGGCGGCUUGUCGGUGCCAAGUUUGGCCGCCGUGCCAUCGUCCCGGGCCGGGUUCGCUUCUCUGAGCAGACCCUCUGCGUCCUCCGGCAGCAGGAAGAAAUCCCUCCAUCAAGCUCCUCUUUACAACGGCCUCUUGAACUCUUAUGAAGAUAAAAGCAACGACUUUGUCUGCCCCAUCUGCUUUGAGAUGAUAGAAGAGGCUCACAUGACAAAGUGUGGGCACAGUUUUUGUUUCAAGUGUAUUCGUCAGAGUCUGGAGGACAGCAACAGAUGUCCCAAGUGUAACUACAUCGUCGAUAACGUGGAUCAGCUUUAUCCAAACUUUCUUGUGAAUGAGCUGAUUCUGAAACAGAAACAAAGGUCAGAGGAGAAAAGACUAAAGUUAGAUCAUCCUAACGGGUCUCGGUGGGAGGUGUUCCAAGAUGUGUUGAGUCCUGAUCAGGAGAGCUUGGACUUGGCAAAUGUCAAUUUGAUGCUGGAGCUCCUGGUUCAGAAGAAGAAGCAGCUGGAGGCGGAAUCUCAAGCAGCUCAGAGACAGAUCCUCAUGGAGUUCCUCAAAGAAGCCAGAAGAAACAAGAGAGAGCAACUGGAGCAGCUGCAGAAAGAGCUCAACUUUCUGGAAGAUGACAUCAAGCGUGUUGAGGAAAUGAGCGGGCUGUAUUCUCCCAUGAUGGAGGCGGAGUGCACGGUGCCGAAUGUUGAGGCUCCCUCACCUGCACCCAGCUGCAGUAGCAUAAUGGAGCCAUCAGACUACAGCCAGCCUCCAGGGUUUGGUGGGACAGCCCAGGGAAGUCAGGGCAAGAGACAGACGUGGUACAACAGCACGCUGGCGUCCAGGAGGAAGAGGCUGACGGCUCAUUUUGACGAUCUGGAGCAGUGCUACUUCUCCAACAAGAUGUCACGCAUCACAGAUGAAGGCAGGAACCUGAACCAGCUGGAUGAUUUCAUGGAGUGUCUGUCAAAGUUCACUCGCUACAACUCUGUGCGCCCGCUCGCCACCCUCUCCUACGCCAGUGACCUCUAUAACGGCUCCAGUAUUGUUUCCAGUAUUGAGUUUGACCGUGACUGUGACUACUUUGCCAUCGCUGGUGUGACCAAGAAGAUCAAAGUGUUUGAGUAUGGCACGGUUAUCCAGGAUGCAGUAGACAUCCACUACCCUGUUAAUGAGAUGACCUGCAAUUCCAAAAUCAGCUGUAUCAGCUGGAGCAGCUAUCACAAGAACCUUCUGGCCAGCAGUGACUACGAAGGUACCGUCAUCCUUUGGGAUGGAUUCACCGGUCAGAGGUCCAAAGUCUACCAGGAACAUGAAAAAAGAUGUUGGAGUGUGGACUUCAACCUAAUGGACCCAAAGCUGUUAGCCUCUGGUUCUGAUGAUGCUAAAGUGAAGUUGUGGUCUACAAAUCUUGACAACUCAGUAGCCAGCAUCGAGGCGAAGGCUAACGUCUGCUGUGUUAAAUUCAGUCCAACCUCCAGGUAUCAUCUGGCGUUUGGCUGUGCAGACCACUGUGUCCACUACUACGACCUACGCAACACUAAGCAGCCAAUCAUGGUGUUCAAAGGCCACAGGAAGGCAGUGUCCUACGCCAAGUUUGUCAAUGGAGAGGAAAUAGUCUCUGCCUCAACAGACAGUCAGCUGAAGCUGUGGAACGUCAACAAACCGCACUGCCUGCGCUCCUUCAAGGGUCACAUCAACGAGAAAAACUUUGUAGGCCUGGCUUCCAAUGGAGACUAUGUUGCCUGUGGCAGUGAAAACAACUCCCUGUACCUGUACUAUAAAGGACUUUCAAAGACACUGUUAACGUUCAAGUUCGACACAGUGAAGAGCGUCCUGGAUAAGGACAAGAAGGAGGACGACACCAACGAGUUUGUCAGUGCUGUCUGCUGGAGAGCCAUGCCUGACGGAGAGUCAAAUGUUUUGAUUGCAGCAAACAGUCAAGGAACGAUCAAGGUGCUUGAGCUCGUCUGAAGGCCCACCACACAUUCAGCGUGUAAAAGCACCACCAGCCUCUCUGUCUGGUAGAGGAUCAGUGUGAUGCAGGGAGAGCACAGGCUUCCUGCUGAACUGGGAUACCUGACAGCAGCAGGAGGAGAACUGAAACAAACCGUCUGAUUUUAAUGAGCUAGUAUUUUUUCUGGAAGGCUGAACAGACUUUGGAUCAGUACACCCGAAUAGCAGGCGAAGAUGUUACUGUCAUCAUACAGCUCAAUCCCAGAGGACGACACUUGGGCACAAACGGAACAAGAGACUUUUUUUUACAAAGCAUUUUGUUUCUUUUCAUUAAAGUUAUAUCCACUUCAAGACGACUUGUCUGUGUGAUAAUAGGUCAAAUCAGAACGUGUACCUUUUUUAAUUAAACUCACAAGGGUACACUCAGCCAAACGCUACUAGUGUGAUGCAUUUUCCCUUUUAAAGGCCAAAGCACAAAACAGAGACAUGCAGAACUAAUGUCUUCACAUAAAGCUUUUAAUCCCCCCCUUCAUGUUUGUAAGCCAUCUGUUUUUCCCCUUUGUGUGUAGUUUUUGUGUUUUUUUCAGAUUGGGAGACACCAGUUUUAAUAAAUAUGACUUGAAUUUCAUUUUUAUCGUCAGUUCACUUUCUGGUUUAUGAGUGUAGGAUGUGACAGUGUGUGUGAUUCUCAGAAGACCAAUGGAUUCUGGAAAUGUUGAGGAACUCCCGAUAUUCAUUUUACUGUCUGAGCAAAAUAUAUUUGACAUGUUUAUCUGUGAUCACAGCCAUCCUCAUGUAUUUUCAGGCAUUGAUCUCCAAUGCUGCACCAAAACUGGAUUGUUUUUCCACGUCUGUGAGCCAUGUGUUGCUUGUUGGAAAAUAAGAACCUCAAUGAACCUGGUCUAGUUCUUUUGAAGUAGCAGUUACUCUUCACAUACUGUAGGCUUUUAACAUCUGAUCUGAGCUCAUUGUAACUUUAACUGCAGUCAGUUCCUGUGGAGUAGUAACCCAUGUUAACAAUGACAUCCAGAGAAUUUGGUAAGCAUCACCAAGACAGACCUAUUUUAUGAUAAUGGAGUGAGUGAGGGGGAUUUUGUAUUUGUAAAACUCAAUAAAUUAUUUCCAAACUA